AUGAAGGAGGAGGAGGAGAGGAAGCUUGAAUCACCUGCUGUCGAGGUCGUAGGGUUGCCUGUGGGUCACGAUAGCCACAAUGUUCUGCUCGACCAUGCCCAGCAGCUAAUGAUGGUGCCACUAGCCUCCCUCCAGGCAGAUUUUCCUUGA